GAGGUUGUUUACCCCUGAGCUUGUUGGACAACAGGUUGAAGCUUGCCAGAAACCAGAUGUGUGAAGCUGCCUCUUCCUAAAGAAGAGAAGUUGGGCAAAGGAGUUGGAAAAGGUCUCUUUUACUUCCUUCUACAUAAAUAAAGAUGGAUGAACAGGAGAUGGGUAAUGCUCCAUCCUGGGAAAGAUAUAAACGGCAAUCACGUGACCCAGGACUCUACAACCGUCGUAAAUAUAUGAAGCAAGGCUAAUUCCUGUGCUCCAGAUUAUAUUAUCUGCGAAAGAUUAACCAGCAUCAAGGCAAGGUGAUGUCGCUAGGACCCCUUAUAAAAGUCCACAUGUAGGCUAAUACAGAGAGACUUCAUUUCAUUUGGCUUCAUUUUUUCUGGAUAGCUGACCAAUUCUCCAAGCAACUGAGAGACAAUGAUGAUUCUCUUGGUUAUCUUGUUCCUGAUGCUGGUUGUCCUAUCCUUCUGGAGAAUAGCAAGAGGGAAGCUGGACUCCAAGCUCAAGUGUCCCAGGAGCCUUCCAUCUCUGCCAGUUAUUGGUAGCCUCUUGCACUUAGGUGGCUCCAAGCAGCCCCAUCUCUUAUUCUUCAAUAUGCAGCAAAAGUACGGUAGCAUCUUCUCCCUAUACAUGGGUUCCCAUUACACAGUGGUGAUCAACGAUUACCUUCAUGCCAAGGAAGUGCUGCUUAAGAAAGGGAAGAUCUUUGCUGGCAGACCUCGAACGGUUACUACAGACUUGUUGACCCGGAAUGGAAAAGACAUUGCCUUUGCUACUUAUAGCCCAAUGUGGAAAUUUCAGCGCAAGAUGGUACAUUCUGCACUUUCCCUGUUUGGAGAAGGAUCUCAGGCUCUGGAGAAAAUUAUCUCUCAACAAGCAUCUUUUCUGUGUGCAACUUUGAGUGCUACAGAGAAUUCAUCUUUGGACAUGGCUCCUGAACUAACACGUGCUGUUACAAAUGUAGUGUGCUCCCUUUGUUUUAAUUCAUCCUACCAGCCUGGAGAUCCUGAGUUUGAGUCCAUGCUUCGAUAUAGCCAAGGCAUUGUGGACACUGUGGCUAAGCAGAGCAUGUUGGAUAUCUUCUCAUGGCUUCAGUAUUUCCCAAAUAAAGAUUUGGCUUUGCUGAAGAAAUGUAUUGAAAUGAGGGACCAGUUCUUACACCAGGAGUUUGAAAAACAUAAAGAAGCAUUCAGAAGUGAUUCUGUUACUGAUCUAAUGGAUGCACUUCUGAGAGCCAAAUUGAACAGGAAGAACAACAAUAAACAUCUAUUUUCUGAACAAGAACUAACAGAUGACUACCUACUCAUGACAGUGGCUGAUAUCUUUGGAGCUGGUGUGGAGACUACAGCCACUGUGUUGAAAUGGAUUGUGCUCUAUCUCCUACAUUACCCAGAGGUACAACAGAAGAUCCAAGAAGAACUGGAUCACAAAGUUGGUUUUAAUAGACAUCCUGUAUUGGCUGAUCGACAGCAUUUGAAUUACCUGGAUGCUACCAUUAGUGAAAUUCUGCGUAUCCGGCCAGUUGCCCCACUUCUUAUCCCUCAUGAGGCACUGUCAGAUACAAGCAUUGGGGAAUAUCAUAUCCCCAAGGGAACUGAAGUUGUAAUCAACCUGUGGUCCAUUCACCAUGAUGAGAAAGAGUGGGAUGAACCAGGGAAAUUUAACCCAGAUCGUUUCCUAGAUGAGGAUGGGAACCGGAUCUACUCUCCCUCACCCAGUUUCCUCCCCUUUGGGGCUGGUAUCCGUGUUUGCCUGGGAGAAACCCUGGCCAAGAUGGAGCUGUUUCUCUUUAUAGCAUGGAUCUUGCAAAAAUUCUCACUCAGUGUUCCUGAGGGAGAUACACUGCCUGAACCAGUGGGUAAAUUUGGAGUUGUGCUUCAGGUACCAACAUACAGAGUAAAAGCUACUUUGCGAGAACCUUGGAAAGAAAAAGUAAUAGAAUAAUAAUACUUUUUGAGUCUCAAAUAAUCUAACAGAAGACAAAUAAUUGCUUUAGCUGAAUCUGUAAAGAUUAGGAGAUAUAACAAUAGGCUCCACUACUAUAGUAUGUUCAAAACAGAAAAGACAUUAGAACUCUAAACAAUUUUCCCCCAGUAAACUGCAAUCCCUUUCUAUUUAUAAUCCCAAUGGAAAAUAAAAGAUAGAAUUGGUAGGAUGGAAUACUUAUAUAUUCAGAAGCAAUGAUAUCUAGACUGUUGCACAUGAUGCUUAGAUUUUGAAAUAAAAAGUACAAACAUGAUUUUCGGUGGAAAUAAAGAUGCUGUCUUCAAGAAAGACAGAAUAUCACUACCUCUUUUUAUAAAGGUGCUAUGUGAGAAAAGCAACACAGUGGCAUAAAAAUGACAGAUACCAUUUUUCUAUUGCCUGCAUUCCCUUAAGAAGAUCAUGGUGGAUAUGCCUAGACAUACUUUUUUGGAUACAUUAUUUUCUCUAUUUCUCUUUUCUGAUAUGCUGUACAGAACUCUCCACAGAUGAAAUAACAAUUAACAAUUUAGAACUUUUCAAAAACCGCUAUAAUUUCCAUUUUGCCAAAUGAUAGUUACAUAUCUGCCUUCUAUUAUACGUUCCUUAUAUUAUACUCAUCCAUACAUAUUCCUUUAGCAACAUUUGGGUUGGAUUGGAAAGAAGACUAUUUUCAACUAUGUAUUAGGCCUGUUUACCAACAGGACAUGUAUAAUAUUUUUCUGAUUUGAAAUAAAAUUAAAAUGAAAGACAAAACAUUUUUAUUUUCUAAAUGUGACUUUACAAACAUAGUUUCACAAAUAGCCAUAAAAAUAUUUCAUCUGAAGUAAGCUGAUGCAAGUAAUAUUUCUGUUUAAGCAAUUUGUUAGGUUCCUACGAGGGUCAGUUUUUAUCUACAUAACAAAAGAAAGUGAUAAACACGUUUUCCUCUGGCCUAUAUCUGACUAUAUGCAUAUAGCUAGAGUAUAAUAUAAGGAACAUAUAAUAGGAGGCUCUAUGCGAAUCAUUGUUGUACAGUUAGUAUAGUGUAUCGGAUAGCAACUUAGAAGAUUAGAUUGCUGUGUAUCUUCAGGCAUAGAAACUCACUGGUUAUUUGACCCACUUAGCCAUUUUCAGCCUAGACGUCAAACUAAUAUGUACAAAUGGUGGGGUCUUUAAUUUUAUUGUGCUGUAGCAGCUAUGUGACAAUGGGAUAAUCUUGCUUGAUAGAAAUAAUUACAUACACAGCUAACCUACUAUCAGUGCAGAAUCAAAGAUCCCUAACUCUUUUCAGGAAAGAGGGAGUUAUAAGAUGGGAACAGUUUUUCUCUCAGAUAUAUUAAAUUUCUUAAUCAAUUGUGGAGUGAAAGUAGAGAACAGAAGCAGGUCAGGAAGUGGAGUAUACUAGAGUCUAGUUCUAUGAUGAUCAUGUAUAUUAAAUGCAUGCAUAUUUGGUAGAUAUAGAUGGUAGAUAAUAGAAUGUAUUUAUAUUAAUAAAGUUGCUCAUCCAAAAUGGAAUAAAAUGCCCAUACUUUUAACCAGUGCUUUUUUUCUUAAAAAAAAAAAAAAAAAAAAGGUGCCGGAACUCACACA